UUUGAAGCUUAUGUAGUAUUUUUUCUACCUAAAAACAACAGAGCCACAAAACUGUCUGAUCCAAAAAUCCACCACGUGUUGACCUUCUCAAGUAUCAAACUGUGAAAACUAUUCAAGAUUCCAAAAUCUGUUUUUUAGUGGACCAAAAAACCUUAUUAUUAUUAUUUUUUUUAACUGUCUUUGAAUUAUCAUUAUCAUCAUCAUCAAACAUCUGAGGCUUUAGUUAAUUUUCUUUCAUUUAAGGUGUUUCAUUAUUCACCACCUUCUUCUUCAAUGGCUUCCAACAUUUUUCUACUUCACUCACCUCCUUCUUUUCAUACUACUAGACUCAGACCCACUUCCUCAUACCCAAUUGGAUUAAGAAGUAGUAAUAAUAAUCAUAAAGGGUUGUCUGUAAUUACAUGUUCAUCUUCAAAUGGAAGAGAACCUGACUUAGUCAAGAAGAAGAAGCGUGAGGAGCUCUCUGCUAGGAUUGCUGCUGGAGAUUUCACUGUAAAUCAAUCUGGUUUUCCAUCUCAAGUGAAGAAUGGUUUGUCAAAGUUGGGAGUUCCUAAAGAGACAUUGGAAUUCUUGUUUAGUUGGGUUGAUUCCAAUGGAGAUUAUCCCAAAGUUCCAGAAGCAAAAGGGUCUGUUAGAGCUGUUCAAAGUGAGGCCUUUUUUAUUCCUUUGUAUGAGCUUUUCAUUACAUAUGGUGGAAUUUUUAGAUUGACUUUUGGACCAAAGUCAUUUUUGAUAGUGUCUGAUCCUUCCAUUGCUAAACAUAUACUUAGAGAUAAUUCAAAGGCUUAUUCAAAGGGUAUUUUAGCCGAAAUCUUAGAGUUUGUAAUGGGGAAAGGACUUAUCCCAGCUGAUGGAGAAAUAUGGCGUGUUCGUCGGCGUACUAUUGUUCCUGCAUUGCAUCUCAAGUAUGUAGCAGCUAUGAUCAAUCUCUUUGGACAAGCUACAGAUAAACUUUGUCAGAAGCUAGAUGCUGCAGCAAAUGACGGGGAAGAUGUUGAGAUGGAAUCGCUCUUUUCUCGUUUGACAUUGGAUAUCAUCGGCAAGGCACUCUUUAAUUAUGAUUUCGAUUCUUUGACUAAUGAUACCGGGAUAGUUGAGGCUGUUUAUACUGUCUUGAGAGAAGCAGAGGAUCGAAGUAUCUCGCCUAUUCCAUUCUGGGAGAUCCCAAUAUGGAAGGACAUAUCGCCGAGGCAAAGGAAGGUUUCUACCGCUCUCAAAUUAAUCAACGACACGCUUGAUAAUCUUAUUGCAAUAUGCAAGAGGAUGGUUGAUGAAGAAGAGCUGCAAUUCCACGAGGAAUACAUGAACGAAAAGGAUCCUAGUAUUCUUCACUUCCUCUUAGCCUCUGGAGAUGACGUUUCGAGCAAGCAACUUCGCGAUGAUUUGAUGACAAUGCUUAUAGCGGGGCAUGAAACUUCAGCUGCGGUUUUAACAUGGACAUUUUAUCUUUUAUCCAAGGAGCCUCGGGUUGUUGCUAAGCUCCAAGAAGAGGUUGAUUCGGUUCUAGGUGAUCGAUAUCCAACCAUUGAUGACAUGAAGAAACUCAAGUAUUCGACUCGUGUGAUCAAUGAAUCCCUUCGGCUUUACCCUCAACCACCGGUGCUAAUCCGUCGCUCUAUUGAAAAUGACACGCUCGGUCAAUACCCUAUAAGAAGAGGAGAGGACAUAUUUAUUUCGGUAUGGAAUCUACAUCGCAGCCCAAAUCAUUGGGAGAAUGCAGACAAGUUCAUACCCGAAAGAUGGCCUUUAGAUGGACCUAAUCCAAACGAGACUAAUCAAGGUUUUAGUUAUUUGCCCUUCGGAGGAGGGCCCCGAAAAUGUGUCGGUGACAUGUUCGCUACCUAUGAGACUGUAGUGGCGCUCGCUAUGCUUGUUCGAAGAUUUAACUUCCAAAUGGCAGUUGGAGCCCCCGAAGUUAAAAUGACAACCGGAGCAACAAUUCACACAACCGACGGAUUAAACAUGACGGUGACUAGAAGAGUAAAACCGCCGAUAGUGCCUACAUUGGAGACACAAGCAUUGAAUUUGGAUUCAUCAUCGUCGUCAUCAUCAGCAGCCGGUGUUAUCGGGAACGAUCCAUUAGUUGGUCAGACCGGUUAAGUUUCUUCUUUUGUACAUUCAUGGUGAAGCUAGCUCCCCAAGCUACAUACACAUUACUUGUAGAAUAAUACAAUGUGACAUUAUUACCAAAAGGGAAAUCAAUUCAAGAAAAGAAAGAAAAAAGAGUUAAUUGAAAA